AUGACUUUUACGGUUCGCGAACCAGUGCCGACGUCCCGGCUGGACGGCAAGGUGGCCAUCGUGACGGGAUCCGGGCGUGGCAUCGGACGCGGCAUUGCCAUCGAGCUUGGAAAACGCGGCGCGAAUGUCGUGGUCAACUACUCGCGGAGCGCGAAGCCGGCCAACGAGGUCGUGGCGGAGAUCGUGUCCAACGGCAGCGAUGCGGUCGCCAUCCAAGCCGACAUCUCCCAACCGGAGCAGAUCACGAAGCUGUUCGAGCAGGCGCAGUCGCACUUUGGCAAAAUCGACAUCGUGGUGUCCAACUCGGGCAUGGAGCACUUUGGCAGUAUCGACCAGAUCACUCCCGCGGCGUUUGACCAGGUCUUCGCGCUCAACACGCGCGGGCAGUUCUUCGUCGCGCAAAACGCGUACAAAUUCCUGAGCGAAGGUGGAAGGCUCAUGAUGAUGUCGUCCAUCUCGGCGCACGUCGGCAUGAAGGAGCACGCGCUCUAUUCCGGCAGCAAGGUCGCCGUCGAGGCCUUUGGGCGCUGCCUGACCAAGGAGUUUGGCCACAAGAAAAUCACCGUCAACGUCAUCGCCCCCGGCGGCGUCGAUACCGACAUGGCCGCCGAGGCAGGCUGGAAGUACAUUCCCGGUGCCGAUCCGUCGUGGACCGCCGAGGAUAUCUCGAAAUGGGUCGCAGCCCGGAACCCGCUCGAGAGGACCGGCAAGCCGCAGGAUAUUGCGCGCGUGGUGGCGUUUCUGGCCAGCGAAGAUGGAGGCUGGAUUAACGGACAAACAAUCACAAUCUCAGGAGGAGCCCUCGCGUGA